CCACCAUAGCCACUCACAACCACCAUGGCAAACCACCUCUUGCUCUCUCUUUCUUUCGCCUUCCUCAUAGGCAGCUGCCUUGCUUUCCAACCCUUCCAGCAGCAGCAAAACGAAUGCCAGAUUCAAAGGAUCAAUGCUCUCGAGCCUAAUGAACGAGUAGAAGCUGAAGGAGGUUGGACCGAGUUCUUCGAUGCUAACGACCAGCAGUUCCGGUGUGCAGGAGUCGAGGUCAUUCGCCACCAUAUCAAACCACAAGGACUUCUCUUGCCUUCCUAUAUAAACACUCCCCUCAUGGUCUACAUUAAGCAGGGGAAGGGUUAUCAAGGAAUUGUGUUACCUGGUUGUCCGGAGACGUUCCAGUCCUCGCAACAACUUCAAGAACGUAGUCAGCAGUCAUUCCAAGAUCGUCACCAGAAGAUCCGAACCUUCCGGCAAGGCGACUUGAUCGUCAUCCCUACUGGAGCUGCUCACUGGAUGUACAACGAUGGACAGGAAGACAUUGUUGCUAUUGUUUUGCUCGACUCCACUAACUCGGCUAACCAGCUUGACCAGUUCCACAGAAGAUUCUUUCUUGCUGGGAACCCGAAAGAAGCAUCACAACAACAACAACAAGGUCGAUCAUGGGGCAGGCCGAGCCAGAAAUGGCAGUCACCAGAGGAGAGUUCCGCCGACAUCUUCCGUGGCUUUGAUCUUCAAAUUCUUUCAGAUGCAUUCAAUGUGGACCAUGAGACAGCUCAGAAGCUUCAAAGCCCAGGUGACAAUAGGGGCCACAUUGUGACGGUGCAAAAAGGCCUUCAGGUUAUCAAGCCACCAGUUUCCCGCCAAGAACAAGAACGUGGAAAUGCUAAUGGUUUCGAAGAAACCAUUUGCUCCGCCAAGCUAACGUCCAACAUCGACGAUCCUUCACGUGCAGAUUUCUACAACCCACAAGCCGGCCGUUGCACCCAACUCAACAGCUACAAAUUCCCCAUCCUUCAAUGGGUUCAACUCAGCGCCGAGAGGGGUGUUCUUCACGCGAAUGCUAUAGUGUCGCCAUACUGGGUGAUGAAUGCCCACGGUAUAAUCUACGUGACAAGUGGAAACAUGAGAAUGCAGGUAGUGAACAACCAAGGACAAUCGGUGUUUAAUGAGCAGGUUCGAGAGGGGCAGCUAGUGGUGGUGCCGCAGAACUUUGCGGUGGCGAAACAGGCAGGCCAAGAAGGGUGCAAGUGGAUAUCUUUCAGGACCAACGAUAACGCGAUGAUCAACACCUUGGCCGGCCAUAAUUCCGCCAUAAGAGCAAUGCCGGUGGAUGUGAUCGCAAAUUCAUACCAGAUGUCAAAGGAACAGGCAUCGAACCUGAAGUUUAACAGAAAGGAGACGGUUAUGUUCAACCCAAGGUCACAGUCAUGGGGGUGGUCUGCUGCUGCUUAAAUAAGCUCUAGGUCUAGAAGAGUGGUAUGUUUGUUUUAGGGUAUGGAUGUGGAAUAAAGAGAGAGAGAGAGAGAGAGAUGUAAUAGUUUGUUCCUAGUGAUAACUUCAAUUCCAUCCAUCGAUGUAAGAAAAUAAGAGGUUUAAUGUUUGAAUAAAUUCUCUGCAACUUAUGGGUGUCGAACAUUACUCCAUAAUCCAGAUGAUAAACCC